GUCACUUCCUUGAUGUGAUGAUAACAAAAUUGUUUUCAGUAUUUAUAACAAGAAAUGCAGUGCAAUUCAGGCCAAUCUGUGAUUGACGUUGAAAAACGCCGUGCUGAACUUUCAGAACUUAGUUCCUACAUACAAACAGUGGAUAAUGAUGUAACUAUGAUUCUGCAAAGUUUGCAAUGGGAUCGUAAACACUUGAUCGAGUCUUCACCAUUGAUUUCCUGCAAACAUGACAGAAAUCACAGAGUACCACCAGAUAAAAAGGAAGACCAUGAGCAGCAGUGUUAUUUGAGAAGCCUGGGGUACUCCAAAGAAGACUGGUUACUGCCUGAACCACUUGAUGCUAAUGCCAGCACUUUGGUUACACUAAGUAAAAAUGAUGUACAAAAUAUUAUUGAAUAUGCAGCAAAAGUUGAUCCAACAUUCAAAAAAGGCAGGGGCAGUACAGACACCCGUGUGCCGCUGUCAUUGGAGCGCUUGCAGCACACCUACAGCGCAGACGAGCGCCGCGCCUUCCACGAUGCUGUGGUCAGCGCUGCACCCUCCUGCCAUGACCUCAGCGAGCUGGCAUUGCCUAGUGGAGACGGCGAAACUCAAACCACCAAGCCUAAGUCUCGUGCCGAGAUUAUAGCUGAGCUGCGUGAUAUGAAGCGAAGAAGAGCUAAGUACCGCGGGGCGGUCAAAACGCGUAACUACUCCGAUGAACUGCGCAGCGUCAUUGCCACACAGAUGGAACACUAUACAGAAGCACUCGGUGCUAGCACCAAAAACAAACCUGACAUAGACAGGCCAAAAUAUUUUACACACAUACAAGUAAAGAAAGAACCUUUGGACUCAGACCGAGCAUAUGACAGGGAAAAGGUAAUAAGAAGGAAUUCUUCCAGAGACUAUGAUUGCCAACGAGACAAAUUCAGAGACCAGAGAGAUAAAUCCAAAGAUAAUCAUCGUAGAGACAAAUAUAAAGACGAAACUCGUUAUAAAGAGAAUUACAGACAAGAACGACGUUUGGACAGAAGAGACAAGUAUGCAGAAAGGGAAAAAUAUGACGAUUACAAGAGAGACAGAGAUGAUAGGAGGCACAAAGAUGACAGAGAUAGGUAUUCAAGCUCUUCUAAAGACAGAAACAGAGAUAGAAUGAGCGAUAAAUAUAACGAUCCAAAAAGAAAUCACAAAGAUUACAAGUCAUCUAAGAAUAGUGAACGAAAAUAUAAAGAUGAAUACGAUUCAGAGGAAAAAUAUAAAGAAGAUAAACAUAAGCGAUAUUACGAUUAUAAGGAGUUUAAUUUGGCCAAUAAACGUAUAAAGCAAGAAAAAGACUGAAUAAAUUGUUAUGUUAAA